AUGGAGAAUAUGGGAAGUAGAGUGAUAGAGCCAUUGAUAGUGGGAAGAGUGGUAGGAGAUGUUCUUGAUUACUUCACUCCAACAAUUAAAAUGAAUGUGAGUUACAACAAGAAGCAAGUGUCCAAUGGCCAUGAGCUUUUCCCUUCCUCUGUCUCCUCUAAGCCUAGGGUUGAGAUCCAUGGUGGUGAUCUCAGAUCCUUCUUCACCUUGGUGAUGAUAGACCCUGAUGUUCCAGGUCCUAGUGACCCCUUUCUAAAAGAGCACCUGCAUUGGAUAGUUACAAACAUUCCCGGUACAACUGAUGCUACAUUUGGAAAAGAGGUGGUGAGCUAUGAAUUGCCAAGGCCAAGCAUAGGGAUACAUAGGUUUGUGUUUGUUCUCUUCAAGCAGAAGCAAAGACGUGUUAUCUUCCCCAAUGUACCUUCGAGAGAUAACUUCAACACUCGUAAAUUUGCGGAUGAGUAUGAUCUCGGUCUCCCUGUCGCUGCGGUGUUCUUUAACGCUCAGAGGGAAACCGCAGCCCGCAAACGCUAG